CACAACAAUAAAACUGACUUUGUAUUUUAAUGUAGGCCAGUUGUAACACCUACAUUUUCUCUUUCAACAGUCUGUACAGCAACAAGUCCUGUAAACAUUCCAGAAAACAACAAGAUUAAUGAUGUUGUGACCACAAUCAAUGUCCAGGCAGGAGUAACUCUUGCAUUUAAAUCUCCGUCGGACAACCCUGACAACCCAUUCAGGAUUGAAAGUAACCAGCUGAUAGCCACAAUAGUGUUCGACUAUGAGACAGUAAAAAGUUAUGUGGUCCAGAUUAUAUGCACAGAAACAGCAACAGGAUCACAGUUGGGCCUCAACAUUGUUGUACUGGUGGACAAUGAGAAUGAUAACCCUCCAGUCUUCGACCAGAACCCGUACACUGUCAGCAUCAACGAGAUGUCUCCUGUCGAUACAACCGUGGGCCGCUUUGCUGCCACAGACUUGGACACACCUCCUCAGCUCUUCUACACACUGACAUCUGUAUCUAAUGACUUUAGACUUAAGGGCCCUACUAUUCCAGAAAUCCUUGUUAACACACGCCUUGACUAUGACAAAGUCAAAGAGUUCCAACUCCAAUUAGAAGCCCAAGACACACCAUUGGAUUCAAUACCGAGUGGGCCCUCAUUCACCGCGACCACAACCAUAAUGAUUACUAUCUUAGAUGGGGAUAACAGACCACCAUGGUUCCAGCCCUGUAACACUUAUGAUAUCGGUGGAGUUGUAAUUUGUGAGAACGCUGGCUACACCGGCAGCGUGAACUUAAAUGAACAAGAGACUGGAGUGUUACCUUUAAAACCAGGGCCUCUAUAUGCCGUUGAUGGAGACUCUGGAAUAAAUGAGGAGAUAACAUAUUCAUUCUUAAGAGGAAAUGAAGAUGGUCUGUUUGGGAUCAACCCAAACACUGGGAACAUCACCAUGCUGAGACCAACAGAUGUACUGGGGCCAAUCAGUCUGACAACCCUGGCUUCCCAGAAGUUCAGCAGUCAUCAAUUUGCAACCAGCACUGUUACGAUCAGCGUACAGGUAAAAAGCCUUCACCCACCAAAGUUUCAGAGGCCUCGGUAUGAAGCACUCAUCACUUCAGUGGGCUCUAUGGCGAAGGACCUAAAGAACACAGAAGAGUCUUUACAGAUUCUGGCCACAGAUGAUGACUACACUGCCACUGAGGGUUUAAAUCCCCACAUUGUUUACUCGGUUGAUGGAAACAGCGAUUUCUCCAUCAUUGGUGGCUUCUUAUUCAUGACUAAGGAUCUUCCAGAUGCAACGUUAACCCUGCAAGUUUUGGCAAAAGACGUAACUAACGAUGAAACAGCUACAGCACAGCUUCUAGUGGAGGUGAAAUCCGGUCUCUCCACCACCAGUUUACCUCUGAGCACUACAGACUUUAUGAGUACGUCCUCCGUAGAGGAGUCCACCAUCAGCCCCAGCAGUACUUCCAGUAUGUCCACCGAAGGCCCUUUUCCAACAACUAAUCCCACUUUUCCCUCUGAAGGAACUUCCACAUCUCACCCAGUAAUCCCACCAUCGGGUGAAUAUGGAGCAGUGGACAUGGCAGCACUUGGUGCAACCCUGGGUGUCCUUCUGUUCAUUUGCCUGGUGGUCAUCGGUGUGCUUGUUCAUCGCAUGAAGAAGAGUAAAGCAGACUGGGGGAAGGUCAAUGAAGCCAGCAUAUUCCGAAGCUCUCUGGGUCAAGGCUCAGGCAGUCAGAAGGAGGGAGUCCAGUAUACCAAUGAUGCCUUCCAGAGAGAUGAGGACAGCGACAGCGUUGGCUCAGGUGGUCCGACUGUAAAGGCUGCUGAAGUGCCACCAAAGUCAGCCUGGGACCUACCCCCCAAAGAGGCCAUCCAGAUGUCUUCUGCCCCACUGCACGCUCUGCUGCCUGAUAACACCAGCGACACCAGCUCAGACAAGGUUGACAACGAGAAAGAGGUGAAGCCGAUCCUGACCAAGGAGAGGCGCGUGGAGGAGGGAUACAAAUCUGUUUGGUUUAAGGAGGACAUUGACCCAAAUUCAAAGGAGGAGGUGGUCAUCAUCCCAGACAGCAGAGAGGAUGAAAGUGAUGAGGAAGAGCCGUCAUCCAGCGGCAGAGAAGAUGAUGAAGAUGACAAUCCAAAGAAAAAGUCCUCUAAAGUCUUCUUUGCUGACCCAGAUCUGGACAGUGGAAUUGGUGUGAGGAUUGGGGAUCCAGCAGAGGACUCGGACAGUGAUAAAGACCUGAACAUUGAUCUGUAAGACGAGCCAAAGAUGAGGGUGUAACAGAAACCAGCUGUGAUGAAAUCUAAAUGGAUUUAGCAGCAGUUAACAGCCGUACUGACAUUGAAAGCCGCUUGAUGAAAGAUUUAUUUUAAAAAUCAGUUUUGAAUCUGAAUUAUUUAACCUAAAAACGUGCAGAUUUAGAUUUUAAGGAUGCAAAACUGUUUCAACCUUUAUGUAAAUAUGUUAUCUAUGCAGUUAUAUGUUAUGUAACUGUAGCUGUAUAAUCUGGAAUUUUGCUCAUGUGAGAGACGUGAGGCUCUGAGUUAAAUGAAGUAGAAGUUAAGUUAAAUUUAAUAUUUUGUUUACAUUUUAGGAGUAGAAUUGCCAGUAAACAUGGUUGAACUCUGAAAAGAGGAGUUCCCUUUGGAAAACGGAGAUCUAAUCCUCACGAAUUGCUGGAAUAUAAGUUUAUUAUCAACUUGUUGUUUUGGUUGCCUGGUGCUGGAUAGAUGAAAAACCUUUCAGAGACAAAGUACAUGGGGUAAAAUCAGGAAGCCUUGUGAUACGAAAGAUUAUAAAACAUAAUGACAGAAGUUGUCAGAACUCUGACCUUAUUAUUAAAUAACUCAAAGGUAUCUCAACGUUUAUUAUGUGCUGCUCGGAAAGAAUUAUUGUGCUCAUGUUGACACCUGGAUCAAGCAAAAACAGAAAAGUUGUGAAAUUAAGUAAUUAAACUUCAGAAUAAUGUGAUUAA